AUGCCUUUGAGAAAUCCAAGUAGGCCGCGUCGACUACUACAUCAGCGUCCACAGAUUCUGUCCAGCUUGCGCGACCAAUCAACAGGACCAAUUUUGGCGAAAUCCGUGCUGCACCGGAACGAGAAUUUUCUUCUUCUUCAGAUACUCAAUCAAAGCCUCAGCUACAGUGGACUCC